AUGAAUCUCGCCUCGACCAGCACCACCCCGUAUUAUGAGGAUAGUACGAGCGAUACCACACCGUUACCGGAUGAUGACUACUCUGCUGAAGUUGAUCCCAGCGAGCAGCUUUUCGACAUACUUUGCAUGGCUACGCUCGGCCUGCUCGGAACGAUGCUCGCAAUCUACGGCUUUGUCAUCGUACGAAGGAACACGAUUCUAAAAGGUAUCAUUGAGCACUACGCUUUUGUGGACCUACUAAAUAUGCUGUUAAUCAACGGGUGUCAUUUGUGCUGGGGCGUACCAUGCGCAAUUUGGCAGUUAAACGAGUGGAGCCCGCUGCUAGAUUAUAUUUUUUCGGGUAUAGCUUUUUCGGCUGUAUCUGUGGGAUUUCCUCCAAAAAUCUUCCUCACCUUCAAUCGAUUCUUCGCCCUAGCAUUUAGUGGGAGUUAUUAUAAAUUUUACGAGAGGACGAAUUAUGUGCAGUACGGGAUUAUGGCGGCCUAUCCUUUGGCGACAGGGAUUGCCUAUGCGAUUCCCGGCUGUGGCGCCAUCUUCAUCCCCCACGGCCAAAACUUUUUCUACGUCGAGGGAGCGUGCGGGGAGGAAGUGAUGUACUACACACAGAUCUUGGCUUCCUAUAUUGUGCUCUCAAUUCAAACGGUAUUCGAUGCCGCAAUUUUCUAUUUAAUGCGCAAGCGGAUCCGAUCUUUUCAAGCCAUCCAAUCUCAUCAGAAUAGCAAACAAAAACGAGAGCAGCUGAAGAAGGAGAUGAGGCUGGCGGCUCAGCACCGCGAGUCCCGGAAUAAGCACAAAUUUGCAUACCGAGCUGGAAUCGAUCGGCAGCCCAAAAAGAAAAUAUUUCUCAAAACUACCGUAACUCGGAGCGGCAUGGCGCCGCCGCUGGAAGCAAGAAAUCGACGGCCCAAGCGCGAGGUGAUCGGCUGGGGCACCAGUCGGUGGUGCGAGGGAUGGAUUGGAAAAAAUGAACAUGGAAAGGAAGAAACCUACGGUGGCUACUACUCGAUGAUGUUCUGCGUCUUCUUGCUGAUGUGUGUCCCGGCGGUUUGCUGCGCGGCGCUUCUCGGGGCGGUUGGCUACUACGUCGGGAAAGGAAAACGA